AUGCGUCAACAUUCACAACCUAAACAAGCACGCACUCCAUUUCUUUCUUAUAAAAAACCCAUAGUUUUUGUCUAUGAAAAAACCUGUAAAUAUGUAUGUAUUAUAAAAUUUCAUUGUAUUCAAUAGACUGAACUGAUUCCCCUACAACAAGAAGCAUUUGUGAUACUCGUCUAAUAAUUUCAUUUUAGAUUUACAAUAACAAUGGAUAGAAAAAUAUUAAGUCUGCGAUUCAAUCAAGAUCAUGGCCUCUUUUCGUGCAGCAUGGAACAUGGCGUUAGGAUAUACAAUGUCGAACCUCUUUGUGAAAAAGAUAAUAUAGACAAGUCACAAAUUGGAAGCAUUUCAAUGUGUGAAAUGGCUUAUAGGGGUAACUUCUUGUGUAUGGUUGCUGGGGGACAUUACACUAAAUUUCCGGACAGUCAUCUCAUGGUAUACGACGCUAAAACACAUAAAUUCGUCUUGAGGAUAAAAUUUGCUUCGUCAAUCCGAGCUGUUCGUAUGAAACGUAAUAAAAUUGCAGUAUCGCUGUCCAAGCAACUGUUUGUAUAUUCAUUUCCUGAGAUGAAGACAUUAGUAACUAUGGACUUGAGGGACAACUCAAGAGGUCUCUUAGAAAUUACACCGUCAGCAAGGGGUGGUGAAAGAGAAAUUAUAGUAUUUCCUGGAUGUAGAAUUGGAGCUUUGCAAAUUGUCGACAUAACAAAUACUGAAUUAGCUCAGUCUUCAACUCCAGCGUCUAUAGAAUGUCAUACAAAUGAACUAUCUUGCAUAUGCCUGAAUCAAGAGGGAACAAAAGUUGCAACUACAUCUGAUCAGGGUACCAUAAUUAGAAUAUGGGACACUACUACCACUCAACAGCUCUUAGAAUUGAGAAGAGGAUGUGAAGCAGCCCAAAUCUACUCUUUAUGUUUCGAUCACGCUUCUGAAUUUCUCUGCUGCUCGAGUGAUAAAGGAACUGUACAUAUAUUUGCCAUAAAUGACGUAAAACUGAAUAAACAAAUGCUAUUUGGUACGUUUCUUGGCAAGUUUGGUGGUCCAUUGAAAUCUUUUGCAACAUUUCAACUUCCACCAGAAUGCCCCUGUGUUUGCGCAUUUGGUUCCAACAAUUCCGUUGUGGCUAUUGGAAUGGAUGGAAGUUUCAAUAAGUAUACAUUCACUAUAGAAGGGCAUUGUGCUCGUGUAGGUUAUGAUGUAUUUAUAGAUCUAGUCGGUGACUUUUUAGGCUGAUUUUAAGGAUAUCUGAUGUUUCCUCUUAUUUUUUUACAUAAAGGCCCUGGUGCUAAUUUUACGAUAUUUCUUUGAUUUUUAGGCAUAAGUAGAUCUGUACAGUUUCUCAAAUUUUCUAUUAUUAUAUAAUAAAAUUAUACAAUUUA